AAUGAGAAGAUUCUUAUGUCUAUAUGGUCUUCCUCUUACAGGAAAGCAAGUGAUCAUGGUAUAUCGUCGUGGGGCUGGAAUCUGAGUGGACAGCAUUCUACAUAUCAUGCACUCUUUCCUAGGGCUUGGACAGUAUAUGAUGGUGAACCAGACCCAGAACUGAAAGUUUCUUGUCGGCAAAUAUCACCGUUCAUCCCACAUGACUACAGAGAGAGCAGCCUUCCUACAUCUGUUUUUGUUUACACUUUGGUGAACACUGGGAAGGAAAGGGCACAAGUUAGCCUUCUUCUUACAUGGGCGAAUUCAAUUGGAGGUGUCUCACACCUAUCAGGAGAUCACGCGAACGAACCAUUUAUAGGUGAAGAUGGAGUCUCUGGCGUACUCCUACAUCACAAGACAAAAGAAAAUCCUCCUGUUACUUUCGCUGUAGCUGCAUGCGAAACUCAGAAUGUCAGCGUUACUGUUUUACCCUGUUUCGGCAUGUCUGAGGGAAGCUGUGUAACAGCAAAGGAUAUGUGGGGUAAAAUGGUUGAGGAUGGGCAUUUUGAUCGAGAGAACUUCAGCAAAGGACCAAGCAUGCCAUCAUCACCUGGGGAGACACAUUGUGCUGCAGUUUCUGCAACCGCAUGGGUUGAACCACAUGGAAAAUGUACCGUGGCAUUUGCUGUUGCUUGGUCAUCUCCUCAAGUUAAAUUCAUGAAAGGAAAGUCAUAUUAUAGGAGGUACACACGGUUCUAUGGAACUUCUGAAAGGGCUGCUGUAGAUUUGGUUCAUCAUUCUUUGACAAAUUAUAAGCUGUGGGAAGAAGAAAUUGAGAAAUGGCAGAAUCCUAUCCUUAAUGAUGUUAGGCUACCAGAAUGGUACAAGUUUACACUGUUUAACGAGCUGUAUUUUCUGGUGGCUGGUGGAACAUUGUGGAUUGACUCUGGUGUUCCUUCUUCAGACUCAGUUAGUACCAGAAUAACGAGACCGAGCAAUGAAGUCAAAGUAACUAAAGUCAAAUCGAAUUAUAAAAAUGGUGUACAAGUGGAACAGACGGCAUAUAAUGGUUAUGGGGAAGGCAACCAUUUCUCAAGUUCUGAUAAGAUUUCAGAAUCAAUUAUUACUGGCAGUGAUGAUGUGGGUAGGUUUCUAUACUUGGAAGGUGUAGAAUAUAUUAUGUGGUGUACAUAUGAUGUGCACUUCUAUGCCUCUUUUGCACUUCUUGCUUUAUUUCCUAAAAUUGAGCUCAGCAUCCAGCGGGAGUUUGCCAAAGCAGUCUUGUGUGAAGAUGGAAGAAAAGUGAAGUUUCUGGCAGAGGGUAAUUGGGGAAUACGGAAGGCGAGGGGGGCUAUUCCUCACGAUCUUGGAAUGCAUGAUCCUUGGCACGAAAUGAAUGCCUAUAACAUACAUGAUACUAGUAAAUGGAAGGAUCUAAAUCCGAAAUUUGUGCUUCAGGUCUAUAGGGACUUUGCUGCAACGGGAGAUUUCUCCUUUGCUACAGAUGUCUGGCCUUCUGUAUGUGCUGCAAUUGAAUAUAUGGAUCAAUUUGAUCGUGACAAUGAUGGCCUAAUUGAAAACGAUGGUUUCCCUGAUCAAACGUAUGAUACAUGGACGGUUCAUGGAAUAAGUGCUUACUGUGGUGGUUUAUGGCUAGCUGCACUUCAAGCUGCAGCUGCAAUGGCCAUGCACGUGGGUGACUACGCCUUUGCAGAAAAAUGCAAAGGCAGAUUGAUAAAAGCCAAGACAGUGUUUGAGGCAAAAUUGUGGAACGGCUCAUAUUUUAACUAUGACAGUGGAUCUAGUAGUAACAGUAAGUCGAUUCAGGCCGAUCAGCUUGCUGGACAGUGGUACAUGGCAUCAUCCGGCUUGCCUGAUCUCUUCGAUGGCGUAAAGAUCAAGAGUACUCUUCAAAAAAUUUAUGACUUCAAUGUCAUGAAAGUUCGUGGUGGCAGAAUGGGUGCAGUAAAUGGAAUGCAUCCAAAUGGAAAGGUGGAUGAGACUUGCAUGCAAUCCCGCGAGAUAUGGACUGGUGUCACGUAUGGUUUGGCUGCCACCAUGCUUCAUGCUGGUAUGGAGGAGCAGGCGUUCACUACAGCUGAAGGCAUAUUCAUUGCAGGCUGGUCAGAGGAUGGCUUUGGAUACUCAUUUCAAACGCCUGAAGGUUGGACCAUGGAUGGACAUUUUCGAUCUCUGAUAUAUAUGAGGCCUCUCUCAAUUUGGGGCAUGCAGUGGGCGUUAUCAAUGCCUAAGACAAUCCUUGAUGCCCCUAAGAUCAAUAUAAUGGACAGAAUUCAAGUGUCCCCCUAUACUCCUCAGGAGACGGGCGUCCGCAAAAUAGUCGAAAAAGCAAAAUGUUCUAUCUUUCGCUGUUCUUGCUAAGAGUUUUUAAUCUUUUGUAGAUAUUCAUUCCCUUACUUCCGUCUAGGGGAACAGCAAAGGUGGCUGUUCGACAAAUCUCUUAACACAAAAGGCAAUAAAGCAAUCUCCAGUACUAGACUCUAUAUAGAUAUAAUGACGAAAGUUAGUAUGAGAAUUUGGUUUUUGUUUAUCAAUGAGUAUAACUUUUUAACAGACUCAUUUCUUCUGUGUAUAUUGCACGAUCAAUGAAAUUUUUUUGGUGCAUUUGUACA